CAAUUAUCUAAAAGAAACUACUGUAGUAACCAGAAUAUCUAGCAGCCAAAAAAUCCACAAAAACAAAACACCAAAAACACAAGGUAAAAAAAAAAUCCAAAAAAACUCAAUCCCCACCACCACAUCAUCAUCAUCAUCAUCGUGUUAACAUCCCCUUCUCCUCACACCCAGUAAACCAAAAAUCUCCUCAAAACCCACAAGUCCCAGAAAGGCAAAUAGACAUGAACAUGGAGAUCUCAUCAGUAACCCUAUCUCUUCCAAAACCCCCACGUUCUCUUCCCUUCUCUUCCUCUAACUCCACCUUCUUUAACACCACUGCUUUCUUCAACAAAACCAAGUCCUGUAACUCUCUGGUUCUUGGCAAAACAACAAGUGGAAGUCAGAGGGCUAAAAAGGGUCUAACUUGCAAUGCUUUGUUUGGUCUAGGAGUGCCUGAACUGGUUGUUAUUGCUGGAGUGGCUGCUUUGGUUUUUGGGCCCAAGAAAUUGCCUGAAGUGGGAAAGAGUAUUGGCAAGACUGUCAAAAGCUUCCAACAGGCAGCAAAAGAGUUUGAGUCCGAGCUUAAAAAGGAACCUGAAUCUGAACCAGAGACCCCGGGAGAGCAACCUAAAGCAAUCAUUGAAGAGAAGAAACAAGACGUCGAAGUCUCUAGCUCUAAGGAGAGUGUAUGAGUUUGUAGACAUAUGUAGUUGCUACGUUUUCUCUAGCCCUAAGCUGUUGUGUCCUCUUCUUUAGAUCAGAUUAUUCAUAUUCAUUUGCGUUGUAGAUGAGUGAGAAACCUUGAUCUGGCAACAUAGUAAACCAUCAUGUUUUUGUAUUCUAUUUUUCAUGAUGCCUGAUAAAGAAGUUAACGAACUAGGUCAGCUGGCACGCAAUCGUUGCAGGCAAUGUAACAAUUUUUGCAUCUGAA